GGCGGUCGGUGCGUCCCCCGGCGGGAAGGGAAGAGCUGAUUGGGACCGUCCCCCUCCGCCGCAGGUCGCCCGCCCGCGCCGCACGGUUGCCCCGAUGGCCGCGUGGUCCCGCGGGGCGGUGCUGGCGCUGUACCGGGCCCUGCUGCGCCGCGGCCGCGCCCUGCGCUACACCGACCGCGACUUCUACCUGGCGGCCGUCCGCCGGGAGUUCCGCCGAAACCAGGGGCUGCGGCGCCCGGAGGACAAGGAGAGGCAGCUGGAGAAAGGGCAGGCGUUCCUGCGGAGCGGGCUCGGCGGCCUGGUUUAG